UAUAUUGAUUCCAGUGCAAUGACCUAAAACUUUUUUUAGAUAUGUGAUCACAAAAUGCAGAUAAGGGCAGUAAAUGGUAGAUUUGGAGGAGCGUCGCAUGACUCCCACGUAUGGAACCUCUCAGGAGAACGUGCAAGUUUGAGGACGAACUACGAAAAUGGAAAUAGAAGCGAACGAAUUCUUGGAGACUCCGGAUAUCCUCUUGAACCUUGGCUGCUAACGCCAUAUAGGAAUGCGCCAGAACGUUCUGAUGAACUCUAUUUCAUCCAACAGUUUACAAAAGGCCGAUUCCUCUAUUGACAAUAACUCACUCACUUGUUGCUCUAACUGUGAUAAAGAUUGAUAUGGACGCCGAUACACCUGUAACCCCCACGCCAACUCUCCGUUCGGCUGUUACUGUGCCUCGCUCUGGAACUGUUCCAGUAGCAGCGCCCCGAACCAUCACGGCAGCAACGGCGCCAAUCGUGGCACGAAGCUCAACACGCGCAGCACCGACGCCGGCGCCUCCGAAACCGCACCGCACCAGAUGUCCGCUCUGUUGCCGUUCACAUAGGCUGCAGCAUUGCUCUAUUUUCAAGGGAAUGUUACCCGUACAACGUCAGAAGGUGGCACAGGCACAUGGGCAUUGUUUAAACUGCUUGGCCCAGUCACACGCCACACUUGAAUGCGAAUCUGACACCUCGUGCCGGUUAUGUGAAAGACCGCAUCAUACCUUACUCCACCGGAACGCCGGACAUCCUGGCUCACCAACUGUCCUCCGCCGCCGUACGGCCACCCGACGAUCGCAGCCCAACCGUGUGGCACGACAUCCAGAAGCUGGAUGGUCCUGGCGCCCACUCAAUACGACAUCCACGCGCAACCAGCCAAGGCCACAACCUCACCGCCCCACCAGCUUGAGCGGCGUUGUAGCUACGCUACAGGCACUACAGCGUCUACUAGACUAGUUUUCGCCUAGGGGGGCCGGGAUGUCGAAAUGAACGCCAGUCGUCCGAACUAACUUAACUAUAAGGCAACAUUGAAUACCCCAUUCUCCACACCAACAUACCAAUCAGGAAAAAAGGCAGCAUUGAAUACCAUAUUCUACACAUCAACAUACCAAUCAGGAAAAAAGGCAGCAUUGAAUACAACACUCUCCACAUCAAACUGUGUUUGUUCCGUUUUUCAUUUUAUACCCAAGAGAAGGUGACGCUGUGCCGGCUUUUGUUCUUCAC